AAUCUUUUAUCCCGAGCCUUAUAAACCCUUCUUCCUCCUCUGCCUCUCCUCACAAAAGUCCUCUGUCCUAGCUCCCCUGCUUCUUCUUCUUCUUCUGCCACCCAAGAACUUCAUAUCCGCACGCAAACAAUACACCCUACACUUUGUCGGCGCGGAUAUUCUUUACUUGCCGUCUCCUGCUCGCUCUCUUUGUUGAUUUCAAGUUUCUGCAUUCAGAUAAUUCAGAUGGGUUCUUCAAGAAUCUGCGCUUUCGGCAUCCGAUUCUGUUUUUUGUUCGAUCGGAUCAGCUAUUGAAAUCGAAACCCAGAUUCCAAAAAUUCAAUCUUUUAUUUUUUAUUUGUUUUUUGUUUAUUUUUUCCUUAGGCCAAAACUUUCAUCUGGUACUUAAAUUUUCAUCUCUUCUGUUUUUCUGAUUUGAAUUCUCGAAUCAUCGGAUUCGAUUUCCCUUUUUCUUGCGUGACCCAUCUCAAUUUGUUUCUUGAAUUUCCUAUAUUUGAGAGUUUCAAAGAGAAAGCGAGCAGGUAAAGCAAGCAAGCGAGCAACAAUGUCUUCACCAAAAAAGAGUGGUAAGUCUAAGAUGGAGACAAGCGGAGAAUGGGAGGCGAACAAAGACAAGGAGGUUGAUUUUUCCUUCGAGAGACCGCCAUGGAAGCCCGGUUUUAGUGAGGCUUCAACGGCGUCGAAUAGGCCUCUCAAGAAAGUCAAGAGCCCUGAAAGGCAAGACCCAAUUCAAGCUUCACCUUCUUUAGAUCAUCAUCAAACACCUUCGCCAAUCAUUGCUCCCCAUCCAUCUUCUUCCUCUUCAAAAAUAGUUUUUCCUUUUUCUUUCGACGGGUCUCAACAGCCUAUGAUGCAAUUCCCCCACCAGUUCAACCCCACAAAUUUGCCUAUGUUUCCCUCACCAAUUCAACAGCAACUGCAACAAAAUCCUCAGCAAAUGAUUUCUUUUGAAUCCCAGCAGCAGCAGCAGCAGCAGCAGCAGCAGCAGCAGCAGCAGGGGAUGAGUUAUCCACCGCCUUUUGUCGGAGAGUCGGUGAGUUGGCAGCAGCACCAGAAAAUGCUUCAGCAUUGGAGUGACGCUUUAAAUUUGAGUCCAAGAGGGAGGGUGAUGAUGAACAGGUUGGGACCAGAUGGCAGGCCAAUGUUUCGACCCCCGGCAAUGCCUUACAAUACUACAAAACUUUACAGGGGAGUGAGGCAACGGCAUUGGGGCAAAUGGGUAGCUGAAAUCCGCCUUCCUCGAAACAGGACUCGCCUCUGGCUUGGCACCUUCGACACAGCUGAAGAUGCCGCCAUGGCUUACGACCGCGAGGCCUUCAAGUUGAGAGGAGAGAAUGCCAGGCUCAAUUUCCCUGAGCUUUUUCUCAACAAAGACAAAUCAGAUGUUUCAGUUUCAUCAGCUCCGAGUUCAGCUGCUACUUCGCCUCCAAGGCAUGAGGGUUCAAAACCAACCAGGAACCGCAAGCAACCUCAAAAAAUCAAGAGCAGCGCUUCGAAUAUAGAGGCAAUGCCACCGCCACCAAUUCCACAUACCCAAGAAGAGAAUAGUACUGACAAUUAUUCAGGACUGGAGUCGAACGAGGCUAAAGCGAUUGACGAAGUUGAGGUGAAUAUCGAUGGUGCUGGAGGAGGGAGUUCACAGCAAAAGGAAAUUGUUUGGGGGGAUAUGGCAGAAGAUUGGCUUAAUGCAAUUCCUGCAGGUUGGGGUCCAGGUAGUCCUGUGUGGGAUGAUUUGGACAACAAUCUUUUGCUGCAAUCACAUCUCCCUUUUACCAAUCCAAACCAGCAGGACUAUAACAUUAACAUUAAUCCUCAACAAGCGAUUCAGAAUUCAGGUUCGGGUUCGGGAUCUGGUUCCUCUUCUUCCUCUUCACAUCCCACGAAGAACCUCUUUUGGAAGGACCAGGAUUGAAAAGUUCAUUUAUUUUAAAUUUGAGCUUUGCACUUCACACUCACACGGUCACUCCUCUAGGUUGUAGAACUAGUUUUAGCCCAUUUCGCUCAUCAUUUCUCACUCGUUCCAUUUUUCCGGAACCCUGUCAGAAAUUGCAUUUCAAACUCCUCCCUUAUGCAUCUUAGACAUCAGUUUAGUCGUCAUCCCCCCUCCUACUUUGUCAUCACAGCUGGUUGCCGAUUUUCAAAAAGCAACCUAUGAUCCUAGAAGCCUUGUGACUUUUUAUUACAAGGGAUCUUUGAAGCUUUAAGUUUCGUACCAAUCUGCUGCACAAAGGCUGCUUUUUUGUCUUCUUUUUUCAGGCCUUUCAGCAGUGGUGGCAAUCUGGUUCAUGCUUUUUUUUGGGCCAUGCCUUAGUUUUUGUUGCUAGAGAGUAGAACUAUAGUCAAUCAUCUUGUAAAGUAAAUAAUAUAGUAUGCGUAGGUAGGAAGGGUCACCGCUGUGUAUUGUUCACGAGCAUGUUUUUAGUUUUUAUUUUGGGUGUGUCGAUGUAGUAGAUUAGUAAAGGCUGGACCGCAGUAGAGAGAGACGGUUUUGUGAUCUCCUUCUCUAUCGGUCCGACCAUCACGAGCUCUCGUCUUUCAGCUCCUGGGAUGGAAAAGCCAAAUUAUAUAUAGGAUUUGUACGUUUUGGAUGUGAUUAUCCUUUGUCAUAUUAUGUAUUUGUAGCUGUACUUAUACAAAGACUACUCCUCUCUUUUAUGCAUUAUUAUCGUGUGUGA